AUGCCGUCUCAUUUCAUACUUCAGCCGCUGCCUCCGCCGCCUCUACCAAUAACCCGCCCAUCAUCGCCCCUUCGGAAGCUCGUAGGUCCACCUGAAGAUGCUCCUCGCUAUUUGGUAUCAAGCUUGGUUGCAACCCCUGGUGCUGUUGAUGCUGAUAAGAGUAUGGUUCUACGUCGUGUUGCUGGUGAUGGUCAAUGCUUCUAUCGCGCCCUCCUGCUCGGCUACUACGAACCGCUAGUGUGGGCCCACAACGACCAUGCCUACCACUGCCUGUCUCGUGUACUGGUUGAGGAGUUGUUGGCUUCCCCUGAUGUUACUGAUGGUGAAAAGUCCCUAGAAGCAUACAGGUGUAUGGUGGCGGACCCUCAAUGGGACAAGGUGCUCAUUUCGAAGUGCCGUGCUUCUAUCGCACGGGCGGUUAUGAGUUGCAGCAAAACUGUCGAAGCUGAGGCAAUACUAGCUGCUGUUGGCUCAGUUGAUGUGCACUCAGCUGUCCGCGAUUUGGUGCUCAACACACGGGCUGACGCUGAGGCUUGGAUUCUCGGUUACGCUGCUCGAGCAUUCGGAGUGAACAUAGCAGUCUGUGCUCCUGGAUGCGCUGCAAUGGAUAUGGCUGUUCACAAGUGUGGUGAAGAUGAUGCUAGGGUGGUUACCCUACUCUAUACGGCUCCUGCUACGGAAGGUGGUUGUGGUCACUACGACGUUCUCUAUGAUAGAGCGGAGACGACUGCCGUUGCUGCCGCUGACUUUCUUUUCCCGGGAAAGUGCAGUCGAUGCCGAUCGAGUAAACUCCUGCCUCAGCGGUUGCUAUCGUGGCCUUGCGGGCAUUGGCUCUGUCGUGAGUGCGUCUUGAAGGACGUCUACGAUUGGUCGUGUGUACCGUGUAGACGCAGCAGAGUGCUGUGGCAUAGACGUAUCCUCAGCGGCCAGGAGGAGUACGGCGCCCGACUAGCUAGUAAACGCAUAUAG